AUGUGUAAUGGUAUUUAUUCCAUGAUGGGGAGUGACAAAGAUAAGCCAUCAUUAAUGACUGACAAUGAGAGAGAACAACUUAUUGAUGCUGGCUGCUGGCAAAAUUCCACUGUUUCUUUGGCAUUUUAUUGGAUGUCAGGAAAUGAGGAGCCUUACUGA